CUCAAAGAAGGUUCCCUCAAGAACAGCAGCCACAGAGGGCAAGAUGAGCGAGCACCAACUAUAAGAAAACAAAAAUAUAUUUUUGACAUCAGUGCAUUAGAAAAAGAUGGUUUGCUGGGAGCAGAGCUUCGAAUAUUGAGGAAAAAACCUUCUGAUACAUGGAAGUCUCAUUCUUCUGGAAAAACUUCCCAAGUAAAAUUGUUUAGUUGCUCUACAAAUAGACAAGCCUCAACACUCUUGGACUCUCGGACUGUCAGUAUCACCGAUACACCCAAGUGGGAAGUGUUUGACAUUUGGAAACUUUUCAGAAACUUUAAAAACUUGGUUAACUUGUGUUUUGAACUGGAAACUUUUGACAGGGGGAGAGCUGUUGAUCUCAGGAGUGUGGGAUUUAAUAGAACAGGAAGACAGGUCAAUGAAAAGGCUCUGUUCUUGGUAUUUGGGAGGACCCAAAAAAGAGACUUAUUCUUCAAUGAAAUAAAAGCUAGAUCCGGCCAAGAUGACAAAACUGUUUAUGAGUACUUAUUCAACCAGAGGCGGAAGAGAAGAGCUCCUCUAGCAACACGGCAAGGGAAGAGGCCCACCAAGAAUCUGAAGGCGAGGUGUAGCAGAAAAGCCCUUCAUGUGAAUUUUAAGGAUAUGGGCUGGGAUGACUGGAUAAUAGCCCCUCUGGAAUAUGAGGCGUAUCACUGCGAAGGGCUCUGUGAAUUCCCCCUCCGAUCCCACCUGGAGCCCACCAACCAUGCAGUUAUCCAGACAUUAAUGAACUCGAUGGACCCCGAAUCCACCCCCCCAACUUGCUGCGUGCCAACCCGGCUGAGCCCCAUCAGCAUCCUAUUCAUUGACUCUGCAAACAACGUGGUCUACAAGCAGUACGAGGACAUGGUGGUGGAGUCAUGUGGUUGUAGGUAGCAGAACAGUUGUUCGUGUGAAUAUGUUAUGAAAUGUAGUAUGACACAUUGGACAUAACUUCUCCUCAAACAAGGCUAACUAGAUUUCUUACCCCUAGGGUAAGUAUGUUUACAAGGAUGUAGCAAUAAAUCCAGUGUUUCUAUAUGUCUCUCCAUGGAAAUAUUUCAGUAGCAUUUGGAUGCUGUCAGACAGCUUGGAUUUAAGGCCUCAUGUCACUGUGGCAACACAGGACUGACUCUUAAGUGAAGUCCAUGACAGAGAAGAUGAUACCUCUACACCUUGAGAUCUCCUGCUUUUAGCUUCGAGGCAGUGGAUAGAGAUGAUAUCAGUGAGCUGUGGA